CUUGUACACAAGUCAGGUAGGCCGUUUAGCAGGAAAUAGCUACUCUAGUGAUAUGACAACUCUCUUGGCAUAUAUCACCGAAAAUAACACGUGCCGAAAUGUUGAAAAUAAGCGUAAUUAUAAUAAAAUAUAUAAAUAAAUACUUAGUUGCAUGUUACUACGCGGCGGGCUCCCACGGGCUAGUCGCAAAUCGGGCGCACCGCUGUGCGGUACCUUCUGGAAUUGGAAUACAUUCGAAAUUUAAAAUCUUAAUUUAUUAGUGGCCAGUGACAGUGAAAGUGUUCGGUAAAAUUUAAAAAUACGCACGAUACAACGAACAUACAAAGUUAAACAUGCCAAACAUAUUAUAACACUAGCCACACGACACAUUUCAAAAUUCACAUUUCAUUUCAAGAGUUGGAAAACUGGAUAAAUGGCGUAUCUGUCUGGACUCUGGAAUUCAAUCGUUGGUGGCAUCAACGAGAAAGACUGGACUGUCGUAUCUAGAUUUUAUUUAGACAGUACAAAGAAAUACUUCUCAGUGUCCGAAAUCGAUAGAGAGGAAGUGCCUAUAGUGUAUUCUGAGUGCCAUAAAAUUGCUUUCAACAAAUCUGGUACAGGACUUUCGUAUACGCCGCUUAACUUUGUGACUAUCUUCCAUAUUGAUACUAGGAAAGCGGAAGUAAAGAUGCCGAGUGGCCACAUUGACCAGCCAGUGAUAGAAGACAACAGGGAUGGCACAGUCAGCAUCAAGUACGAUCCUCGAGAAGAGGGCGUUCAUGAACUUUACGUGAAGUACAAUGGAGAACAUGUUCAAGGUUCCCCCUACAAAUUCCACGUGGACUCCAUAUCCUCGGGCUACGUGACGGCAUACGGGCCUGGCCUCGUCUCGGGCGUCAGUGGGGAGCCCAGCCAGUUCACCAUCAGCACCAAGGGCGCCGGUGCUGGUGGUCUGUCUAUGGCAGUUGAAGGUCCCAGCAAAGCUGAGAUUACAUGCCAUGACAACAAAGAUGGCACCGUCGCGGUGUCCUAUUUACCCACUGCACCAGGAGAAUACAAAGUCAGCGUCAGAUUCGGCGAAAAACAUAUCAAAGGCUCACCUUUCACUGCUAAGGUUACCGGGGAGGGUCGCAAGAGGAACCAGAUAUCUGUCGGUAGUUGCAGUGAGGUGACACUGCCCGGCAAAGUUGCUGAUGAUGAUAUCCGUAGUCUCAACGCUUCAAUCCAGGCUCCGUCAGGUCUUGAAGAGCCUUGCUUCCUCAAGCGACUGCCAUCAGGCAACAUCGGCAUCAGCUUCACUCCCCGCGAGGCUGGCCAGCACGUGGUGUCUGUCAAGAAGAUGGGCGUCCACAUCCAGAACUCUCCCUUCAAUAUCACCGUCCAGACACAGGAAGUCGGAGACGCUAAAAAAGUCAAGGUAUCAGGAUCUGCUCUUAAGGAAGGCAAGACCCAUGGAGAGAAUACAUUCACAGUCGAUACAAGAAACGCUGGUUAUGGUGGUCUCUCGCUCUCUAUAGAAGGUCCCAGCAAGGCUGAAAUCCAGUGCGCGGACACUAAAGAUGGCAUUUUAGCCAUCAGCUACAAACCGACUGAGCCUGGCUACUACAUCGUCAACCUGAAGUUCGCAGAUCAUCACGUGGAGGGAUCACCCUUCACUGUUAAAGUAUCUGGUGAAGGCAGCAACAGACAGCGUGAAAAGAUCCAGAGGCAGAGGGACCCCGCGCCACUCACUGAGGUCGGCACCAACUGUAAACUCACUUUCAAGAUGCCAGGCAUCACCUCCUUCGACCUGGCAGCGACUGUGACCAGCCCUGGAGGCGUAUCAGAGGACGCUGAGAUCCAGGAGGUGGUAGACGGUUUAUACUCCGUCCACUUCAUCCCCAAGGAGUUGGGGGUUCAUACCGUGUCUGUCAAAUAUAGGGAGAUCCAUAUUCCUGGGUCACCCUUCCAGUUCACAGUAGGUCCUCUUCGCGACUCAGGCGCACAUUUAGUCAAAGCAGGAGGCGCGGGCCUAGAGAGGGGUGAAGCAGGGAGGUUCAAUGAGUUCAAUGUAUGGACGAGAGAGGCUGGUGCCGGUCAACUGGCCAUAUCUCUGGAGGGUCCCAGCAAGGCUGAGAUCGACUUCAAGGACAGGAAGGAUGGGUCUUGCGACGUGUCUUACAAGGUUGAGGAGCCAGGUGAAUACCGUAUCGGCCUUAAAUUCAACGAGCAACACAUCCCCGACUCACCCUUCAAGGUGUACAUCUCACCAGCUGUGGGUGACGCAUACCUCUUGGAAGUGGCCCAGUUCCCGGAUAACGCACAAGUGGACAAACCCACCCAGUUCUACAUUAGGCUCAAUGGAGCUAAGGGCAGCUUGGAUGCCAGGAUAGUCUCACCAACGGGCAAGACCGACGACUGCUUUAUCCAGAACAUCGACGGUGACCAGUUCAGCAUCAGGUUCAUGCCCAGGGAGAACGGAGUCCACAACAUCAACGUGAAGUUCAACGGCGUCCAUAUUCCUGCGUCGCCUCUUAGGAUUAAGGUCGGAAAGGAUGAUGCUGACCCCGCUGCGGUACAUGCUCAUGGACCAGGUCUAGGAGCUGUUAAAACUGGUGCUAAAACGGAUCUGAUAAUCAACACCUGCAACGCGGGAACCGGUAUUCUGGCAGUCACGCUGGAUGGACCAUCAAGAGUCGCUAUGGAUUGUACGGAGGUUGAAGAAGGAUACAAGGUCCGAUAUACGCCUCUCGCGCCUGGCUUCUAUUACAUGAGCAUAAAGUACAACGGCGGUCACAUCGUUGGGUCGCCCUUCAAGAUCGAAGCUACUGGUCCUAACCUAGCGGAAAUCGGAGCACAAGAAACAUCCUCAGUAACCGUGGAGACGGUUCAGAAGGUAUCGAAGCUUGCUGCCGCGAAGCAAGGGCCGGCGCUGCCUGUGUUCAAGUCCGAUGCCACCAAGGUGACCAGCAAGGGCAUGGGCCUGAAGAAGGCGUACCUCAACAAGCAUAACCAGUUCACGGUGCACGCGGCUGAUGCUGGCAACAACAUCCUCUACGUCGGCAUCUACGGUCCCAAGGGACCCUGUGACGAAGUCCAGCUCAAACACAAAGGCAAGAACAACUAUGAGUGCUGGUACGUCGUCAGAGACAGGGGGGAAUACAUCGUCAUCGUCAAGUGGGGAGACGACCACAUCCCCGGCUCUCCGUACAAGGUUGAAGUCUAAACCAGAAACAGUUAACAGGGUACAUGUGGCAUCAUGUAAAAAGACAGUUGACCUGAAUAUAUGAAGUUGGUGAUUCAUUCAUCUCUUUAUGGUGGUUUUGGUGGUUGGAUCUAUACGGUGUUCAGAGAACGUUUCUGUAGUGAGCGCUUCAUAUCGGUCACCAAGAAGUCUUUUCACUGGCUCACCACUACAUGCAGCUUGAGUGCAGGCGCAUAUCUAAGCUUUACGAGUACCGCUACUGCCAGACCGACGAGCUGACUUCACAGCCAAUAAAGCCAUCUAUAAGUUCAGAGUUACAUACACAGCGUUAGCAUUAUAAUUCAGAGCGGUCUUUUUACGUGAAACCAUCUGUACCUAUUGCUCCGAUUUUUAAUUUCAGACCGAGGAUUUGUGAUAGGAACAAGAUUGAUUUCUUUUGUUAAUUAUAUUUUUGAUAUUCCGUGUUGCUCUACCGAUUUCGUAUUGUACACAUCGCUGAUGAUUUAUGUUAUGUCUUAGAAUCUUGUUAUUUUUGAAUUGAAUUUACCAAUCAGAAAAAGCAUAGAUGACGUUCGUGUAAGAAUUUUAAUUUUUUUUUUUCAAAAUAUGAAAGUCUUUUAUAUUUAUAGCUAUGCUUAAGCUCAUACAAUGAUACAUAUGACUCUUUUUUUCUAGAGAUUUGUAGGAGUAGAAACUUUUUAUUAACGAAGGCUGUAAUAUUACUCCAACAGAGUAGGAAAUUUUCAUCAGCAUUUAAUUUUACAUUUUUUCGUAAUUGACUGACGUAGUUUUCUACGUCUCGGUUAUUUUUCCAAUUUUUUGGUCUUAAAUUAAAAAUCGUAGCAAGUAUAACGUCCUUAGUACUGGAAAAUUUUAAAAACUGUGUGUUUCUUACCAAAGAAUUUUUAUAUUUCAACUUUACGAAUACAUUUAUAAUCGAGAUUGGGUUUUUCAAAUUAAUCUACAUACGCUGCAUUCAAUCGAUUAUUUAUUAUUAGUAUCGUUAUUAUUUAUUGGUUUUCUUCAAUAUUGUAUUGUGUUUUGGGAUUUCGAAAAGGUCUUAUUAGAUUAUUUAUUAAAUACGUGCAUAUACCUAGUUACACUUGUAAUUGAUCUCUAGUCAGUCUGUAAUAUUCAUUCUUGCACCUUCCAAACUAAAGCAUUAGAAUUCAGAUAGGUAGGAUAACCUUGCGUGCUUUUUCAACUAAUGUCUCGUGAACAGUUUAAAACUUUGGCCUUGUUAUAUCAAUUCACUGAUGAGUGAUGACUUUACUGAGGGGAACCAUUCCAAAUUUAGUUAAUUCUUGCAUAUGUAGAGCAUAAUAGUAUAAUUUACUUAUUAAUUAUUAUAGUAACAAUGUGUUCUCCUGAACAUUUUCUAAGACUAAAUGAAAGACAGUAGACAGUAGUUUGGUUGGUGCAGUUUUGAAAGACACCUUUUCGCAAAUCCAGCAUCAUAUUAUAUAUCUAUGUUUAUUUUGUUGUUCCUUUAUUGAUAUUUAUGUAAAUUUUUCAUUUUAGCAUUAUGGAAAAUCAAAACUAUUUAUCUAGUCGUAAUAAUUGUGCCAGUGUUUUUGUUUUUUUUUUUUUAAAUCACAGACUGAAGGUAAAAGUUAGACGGUAUCUAACAUAAUAACAUGUAUACUAGAAGAUAGUUGUGUGUGUCAGAUAUAAAGUAAAAUUU